UAAUUGACCGGAGACGUGCACAGACGGCAAACACACACCCAGAAUCACAACCAGCAGAAUCAUGCUAAGACAUUUGAGAAACGUUCCGAGGCUAACACGGAGUUCGCAAUGCCUACACCGUUUGGCCUCCACCACGCCCAGUUACUUGAUUGACCAGCCAGAGUACAGUUUCCUCAAGGAUUUGGGACUGGAACGUGAGAAUCCGGGUGUGUAUUCGGGCCAAUGGCAAGGACGUGGCUCUACAAUUGUCAGCCAUGAUCCGGGUACUGGUCAGCCCAUUGCCGCAGUGCGUCAGGCGAAUGUCCAGGAGUUGGAACAAACCAUCGGUCUGGGCGUUGAAGCCUACAAGCAAUGGCGUCAGGUGCCAGCCCCAGUCCGUGGCGAAAUUGUACGUCAAAUUGGCGAUGAGCUGCGAAAGUACAAAGAGCCGCUGGGUAAACUUGUCAGUUUGGAGGUUGGAAAAAUCCACAGCGAGGGUCAGGGAGAGGUUCAAGAGUUUAUCGACAUCUGUGACUAUGCGGUCGGCUUGUCCAGGAUCUAUGCUGGUCAGGUGAUUAAUUCGGAGCGUGCGGAUCAUACCAUUUUGGAGGCUUGGCGUCCCCUUGGCUUGGUUGGCGUGAUCUCCGCUUACAAUUUCCCCAAUGCUGUAUUUGGUUGGAAUGCGGCUAUUGCCUUGACCACCGGUAAUACUGUCCUGUGGAAAGGAGCACCUAGCACUCCCCUAGUUUCGGUGGCCACCACGAAAAUUGUUUCGGAAGUCUUGAGACGGAAUCAUUUGCCUCCUGUGAUCACGAUGUGCCAGGGCGGCACAGAUGUUGGUCAAUCUUUGGUGGCCGACAAGCGAGUUAAUCUUGUGUCCUUCACUGGCAGCUGUAACACUGGUCGCCAAGUGGGUGUCGCUGUGCAGGAGCGUUUUGGCAAAUCCAUUCUAGAACUGGGAGGCAACAAUGCCCUCUUGAUCGAUGAAUCGGCAAAUCUGAAAAUGGCCCUAGAUGCUGCACUCUUCGGCUGCAUUGGCACUAGUGGACAACGAUGCACCACUACGCGUAGAAUUAUUGUCCAUGAGAAGCUAUACGAUCAGUUUGUGGAUGCCCUGGUUGUGAAAUAUCAGCAACUGGUAUCGAGAAUUGGACACCAGUUGGAAUUGAAUACCCUAGUGGGUCCCGUGCACGCCCAGCAAAAUGUGGAAAACUUUAAGACCGCCAUCCAGGAUGCCAUCAAAGAGGGCGGCUCUCUGGCCUUCGGUGGCAAGGUUUUGUCCAGACCGGGUUACUAUGUGGAGCCAACAAUUGUCACCGGCUUGGCACACAAUUCACCAGUUGUGCAUCGCGAGACAUUUGCUCCCAUUGUAUACAUUUUGAAGGCAAAGACCUUGGACGAGGCCAUCGCAUGGAACAACGAAGUGGAGCAGGGACUCUCUUCGGCCAUUUUCACUGAGAGAAUUGAUCAGGCCUUCAAAUGGAUCGGUUCGCAGGGUUCCGAUUGUGGUAUUGUCAAUAUAAAUACAACCACCAAUGGUGCGGAAAUUGGUGGUGCUUUUGGCGGAGAGAAAGCCACCGGCGGUGGUCGUGAAUCUGGCUCCGAUGCCUGGAAACAAUAUUGUAAGCGAGCCACUAUUACAGUUAAUCAUUCGGGUCAGCUAGCCUGUGCCCAGGGUGUUGUCUUCAAUGUGGAAUAGAGGGAACGGGAGCUGAAAGUUUAAAUAAAUGUUAAACAAAGAUUUAAAAUCAAUAAGUUGAAGAGUAUAAUUACACAAAUAAACAAAACUAAUAAUAAAAUUUUAUAAAAAAAAAAAUCUACAAAAUAAGAUCAAAACGUUAAAAUGCAAUAACAAGUGCAUUUUCUCAAUAGUUUUUUCUAGCAUAGAUCUAAUAAAAUUGUCACCAAAAU